GCGUGUGCGGGGCGCCGGGACGCGCCGGCGGGGAAGGGGCGCAGCGGCGAGGUGAGCGUGGCAGGCUAUGGGAUGGAUGAAGCUGAGCAGGACCAGUAUGAAGCUCGCCUCAAGGAGCUCUUUGACAGCUUUGACAGCACAGGCACGGGGUCCCUGGGGCAGGAGGAGCUCACUGACCUCUGCCACGUGCUGCACCUGGAGGAGGUGGCCCCGGCCCUGCAGCAGACCCUCCUGCAAGGAAACCUCCUAGGCAGGGUCCACUUUGAUCAGUUUAAAGAAGCACUUAUCCUCAUCUUAUCCAGAACCCUGUCAAAUGAAGAGCACUUCCAAGAACCAGAUUCCUCCCCAGAAGCACAGCCCAAGUACAUCAAAGGUGGCAAACGCUACGGGCGCCGUUCCCUGCCGGAGUUCCGGGAGUCGGUGGAGGACUUUGCCGAGGUGACGGUCAUCGAGCCCCUGGGCGAGGAGGCACAUCCUGCACACAUUGCUGCCAGCCAGGAGCACUGGAAGACGCGCGGCAGCGAGGAGUACGAGGCUGAGGGGCAGCUGCGCUUCUGGAACCCGGACGACCUGAACUCCUCCCCUGGCGCCUCCCCGAGCCCAGACUGGAUCGAGGAGAAGCUUCAGGAGGUCUGUGAGCACCUGGGCAUCACCAGGGAUGGCCACCUGAACAGGAAGAAGCUGGUUUCCAUCUGUGAGCAGUACGGGCUGCACACGGCGGCCGGGGAGGUGCUUGAAGAGGUGCUCCAUAACCUGGAACAAGAUGGGACCAUGAGCAUAGAGGACUUCUUUUAUGGCCUGUUUAGAAAUGGGAAAUCUCUCACACCUUCAGCAUCUACUCCGUACCGGCAGCUGAAACGACACCUCUCCAUGCAGUCCUUCGACGAGAGCGGCAGACGCACGACCACCCCCUCGGCCAUGCCCAGCACCGUCGGCUUCUCCCUCUUCUCCAGCCUGGAUGAUGGCAUGGGCUACGGCUGCGUGGAGGGGGUCCUGGACUGCUGGCACCAGGAGGGCAUAGAGAACAGCCAGGAGAUCCUGAAGGCUCUGGAUUUCAGCUUGGAUGGGAAGGUGAACCUGACGGAGCUGACGCUGGCGCUGGAGAACGAGCUCCUCAUCACCAAGAACGGGGUCCACCAGGCAGCCCUGGCCAGCUUCAAAGCAGAGAUCAGGCACCUGAUGGAGAGGUUUGACCAGGUGGCCAGGGAGAAGGAGAAGCUGCGCUCAGACCUGGAAAAGGCGGAGAAGCUGAAAUCCCUGAUGGCCUCGGAAGUGGACGAUCACCACGCCGCCAUCGAGCGCCGCAACGAGUACAACCUCAGGUGGGUGGGUGCCCUGAAGAACGAGCUGCACAGAGAGCGGGAGCAGAUCCUGCAGCAGGCCAACAAACAGAGGCUGGAGCUGGAGCAGGAGAUUGAAAAGCUGAAAACGGAUGAGAACUACAUCAGAGACCGCCUGGCCCUGGCCCUGAAGGAAAACAGCCGCCUGGAAAACGAGCUCUUGGAAACGGGAGAAAAACUGGCUGAGUGUGAAAGUCUGGCAAGCAAACUGCAGAGGAACCUGGAAAAUGUCCUGGCUGAGAAGUUUGGUGACCUGGAUCCCACCAGUGCAGAGUUUUUCCUGCAGGAGGAGAGGCUGGCCCAGAUGAGGAGCGAGUACGAGCAGCAGUGCAGGGAGCUGCAGGACCAGAUUGAUGAGCUGCACUCGGAGCUGCAGGAGCACCGUGCCCAAGGCAAAGCGCUCAGGCCUGCCCUGAGGAAUUCCCUGUCGGAGGAGUUUGACGUUGACAUGAAGAGUCACGGCCACGGCGGGAUUGAGCCUGACCAAGGACUCGGUUCAGAAGACUGCAACCCAUUAAAUAUGAGCAUAGAGGCAGAAAUGGCCAUUGAGCAGAUGAAGGAGCAACACCACAGGGAUCUGCAUCACCUCAAACAGGAGCUUGAACACACAGUGAGCCAUUAUGAAAAGCAGCUGGAUGAGACAAAAGCCCGCUGGGAGAAGGAGCAAGAGGAUAUGAGGCAGAAGUAUGCUGAGGAGAUGAAUGUCAUGGAAAAUCAGAUCACUGGCCUUAAAAAUCAGAUAGCAGAGCUGCAGGGAGAGACAGCCGCGUUCAGGGAGCAGCAGGAGAAGCUGGACUGUAAAUACAACGAGGAGAAAAACAAAUUACAAAUGCAUUUCGAUGAGGAGAAAGCCAGUCUGCAGGAACUGUUGAGGCAGGAGCAUGAGGAGGAUGUCAGGGCCAGGCUGGAGCAGGCGAAUGAGAAGUUCAGGCAGGAAAGGGAGGAGCUGAUCCAAAACAGUGUCUGGGUGGAAGAAAAGAUGAGAGUUGUGGUGCAGACGCUGCAGGAGGAGAAGGGGGAGCUGGAACGUGGCUUCCAGCAGCAGCUGAAGAGGCUGGCAGAGGUGCACGCCCUGGAGAAGGAGGAGCUCCAGGAAGAGCUGCUGAGGAAGCACCAGCAGGAGCUGGAGGAGGAAAGGUGUGAGGCCGAGAAGCUCCGCGAGGAAAACGCCGUCCUGAAAAACGAAGUGACUUUAUUAAAUGAGGAAGGGAGCGCUUCCAGCCUGAAACUGAGGGAGCUGAAUGGAUCCAGGGAAGAAAUGAGGCAGAAGAUAGAGGCUGUGAGAAAGGAGAAAGUGGCUGUGCAGAAGAUGGUGGACAACCUGAAAAAGCAGGUGGCUGAUCUGAAGACCAGGAACCAACAGCUGGACUCUGAAAAUACAGAACUCAGCCAGAGGAACUCCAAAAACCAAGCAGAUGUGCAGGAUCUCAAUCAACAGCUGGCAAGGGUGCUCAAGCAAAAGGAAAGGGAAGAGGGGAAGUGUACCCUGGAAGAGUGGGAAAAGGAGAGGCUGCUGCUGAAAGAGGAGCUGGAAAACUCCAAAAUCGAGUCAUCAAAUAUGGUGUCGUCUUUGGAGAUGGACUUGUCAAAAAUGAAGGUUCAAGCUCAUCUACUGGAGCAGGAGAACCACAUCCUCAAGCAGGAGCUGGAGAAGACAAAACAGCUGCCCAGGUGUCCUGAUCUCUCUGACCUUCAAAAUGAAGUUUCAAGUUUAAUCACUAAAAAUGAAAAGCUGCAGGAAGAGAAAGAAGCCCUGAGUGAGGAACUGAACAGAUGCAUUGAUAAGGUAGCUCAAGUCAGCUGCCUGGAGAGUGCAAUUGGCAGCUUGAAGCAGGAGCAGAAAUCCUGGGAGCAGCAGAGUCAGGCACUGAAAGCACAGCUCAGCCUCUCCCAGGACAAGGUUCAGAGCCUCAAUGAAACUCUGCAGAGCACCAACCUCCAAAUGUCCCGGCUGAAAUCUGACCUGCAGCUGACACAGCAGGAGAAGGAAAGUCUGAAACAAGAAGUGAUGGCAUUGCACAAACAGCUGCAGAGCACCAGUGAAAAGAACCGGGUUCUGGAAGUGGCUGUGCCUCCCUCAGGGCUGCAGGACCAGCAGGGGCUGAUCCACUGGGAUGAGCAGGAGCAGAGGCUGCUCAGGCAGGAGAACGAGAGGCUGCAGAGGGAAGUGCAGAGCACUAAAACAGACCUGGCUCACUCCAGGGAAAAGAUCCGACAGCUGGAAUCCACAAUCCUUUCCCUAAAGCACCAAAAGCACCAAAGCCAGGCAGGGAUUGUCAAAGCCAUCGAGCAGGAGAAGCUGAGCUUGAAGAGGGAGUGUGAACAGCUUCAGAAGGAGUUGUCAUCUGCAAACAGGAAGAUCAGUCAGAUGAAUUCUCUUGAACGUGAACUGGAAACCAGCUCAGAAAACGAAGGGCUGAGAAAAAAGCAAGUCAAGCUGGAUGAUCAGUUAAUGGAGAUGCUGCAGUCCGGGGGGAUGCUUAGCCAGAGCUCCCAGCAGCAGGGCUGUGCCACGGUGCCCAGGGAACAAUUCCUGCAGCUCCAGCAGCAGCUGCUCCAGGCAGAGAGGAGGGGUCAGCACCUCCAGGAUGAGCUCCAGAGCAGACCCUCGGGGACAAACAUGCAGCAGGGGGGUCACGAGCAGCUUCUAAAAAUGAUGGAAGAGCGGAUGAUGGAUGUGGAGCAGAAAUUAAGGCUUGUGAAGAGGCUUCUCCAAGAUAAAGUAAAUCAGCUGAAAGAACAACUUGCCAAGAACACCAAGGCGGAUGCCGUGGUCAAGGAUCUCUACGUGGAGAACGCGCAGCUGCUGAAGGCUCUGGAGGCGACGGAGCAGAGGCAGAAAACUGCAGAGAGGAGAAAUUAUUUGCUGGAAGAGAAAAUUGCCAACCUCAACAGGAUAGUGAGGAACUUGGCCUCCCCCUCCUUCAGCCCAGCCCCAGAGAUCAGGUCGUAGCAGAGCUGUCAUGUGGCACAGCCCCGUGCACUUUACUGAAAUGGGAAUAUUUCAGCUCCUCACUGC